UAGGACAGGGCUUGGAGCAACCUGGUCUAGUGGGAGGUGUUUGUGCCCAUAGCAGGGGCCUUGAACUCGAUGGUCUUUGGAGAUCCUUCCCAACUCAGACCAUCCUAUGAUAUGCAAUUUACAACUUUAUGCGUCACAGCAGGAGCAUCAGAAAGAUGCAGGCAAUUCCGUAAUGUCAGUUUUGUGUGAAAAUUGAGCUGUGCAAGUGUUUUGGAGUGAGUUGGGCUAAAAUGGGUAUAUAAAUGGGAAAAUCACUCUUUUGGGGGGAAGCUGUCUGCAAAUGACUUGCAAAACUUGAAAUUUUAUGUAUUUUUCAGGCAGAAGUGAAAUUUUCAGGCCAUGUACUAAUCUUGCAAAAAAGUGGAAGCUGUUAUUUAUUGCCAUCCAAAUGAGAGAUUUCUGGAGCCUGGCCUUUCUAACACCUUUGUGUCCCAGCUCAGCAAAGUUCUGGAAGAAAGGAUUUGGACCCAUCUUUUUCUAUACCGGCAAUGAAGGUGACAUCUGGACUUUUGCUCAGAACUCUGACUUCAUAUUUGAAUUAGCAGAGGAACAGCAAGCACUUGUCAUUUUUGCUGAGCAUAGGUACUAUGGGAAGUCUCUUCCCUUUGGACUUGAGUCAACGCAGCUGAAGAAGACUGCUCUGCUCACUGUGGAACAAGCCCUUGCUGACUAUGCCGUGCUCAUUACUGAGCUUAAGCAGCAGCUUGGUGCUGCAGACUGCCCUGUCAUCGCUUUCGGAGGCAGCUAUGGAGGAAUGCUGAGCGCUUACCUGAGGAUGAAAUACCCGAAUGUUGUGGCUGGAGCAUUAGCCGCCAGUGCUCCUCUGCUGUCUGUGGCUGGGCUUGGAGACCCCACCCAGUUCUUCAGAGAUGUCACAGCAGAUUUUCAGAAGUCCAGCCUAGGAUGUGUCACAGCUGUCCGUAAAGCCUUCCAGCAGAUCAAGGACCUGUGGCUGAGUGGAGCCUAUGAUGAGAUCAGCAGCAAAAUGGCCACAUGCAAUAAGAUCUCUAACAAGGAGGAUGUUUACCAGCUGUUUGGGUUUGCUAGAAAUGCCUUCACCAUGAUGGCCAUGAUGGACUAUCCAUACAAAACCGACUUCAUGGGUCACCUCCCUGCCAAUCCAGUGAAGGUCGGCUGUGAACAAAUUAUGGCCCACAAAGACCCAGUUGAAGGCUUGGCUGCUCUUGUUGGAGUGUUCUACAACUCCUCUGGCUUGGCACAGUGUUAUGACAUAUACCAGCUGUACCAGUCCUGUGCUGACCCCACGGGCUGCGGCAUCGGCUCGGACGCAGAGGCUUGGGACUAUCAGGUUUGCACUGAGAUCAACUUAACAUUUAACAGUAACAAUGUGACAGACAUGUUCCCUGAGAUGCCCUUCACAGAGGCCAUGCGCGAGCAGUACUGUUGGAACAAGUGGCGUGUGAGGCCACGAGCACACUGGCUGCAGACAAACUUCUGGGGAGAAGACCUGAGAAGUGCAAGCAACAUCAUUUUUUCAAAUGGAGACUUGGACCCAUGGGCUGGAGGUGGGAUAAACAGCAGCCUCAGCCCUUCACUGAUUGCACUGACUGUUAAAGGAGGUGCCCAUCACCUUGAUCUCCGGGGACGCAACCCAGCGGACCCCCCGUCCGUCACGGAGGUGCGCAAGCUCGAAGCUGGGAUCAUCAGCAGCUGGGUGAAAUCCGCAGGCCUGGGGCGGGUGCGGGACCAGCGCGCAGGAGCUGCAGCAGGCCGCCAGCCCUGAGCCCCUCCAUCCCCACAGCCCCUGGGUGCCACUGCCAAAGGACACAGUAGCCUGCUGAGCUGGUUCUAGGCUGGCUGGGACACUAUUCUCUCCUCUGCCAUGAUGGUGGGAACUCCCUUUUCCUAAGUGUCCCGCCUACACCUCAUUGAGCUUUGAAAGAAAUGCAAAAGGCCAAAUCACUGACAGAAGCCAAAACUACAUUGUCUGGGCUCCAUGCUUGCCUGCUCAGAAUGAGCUGUUACAAAGGGCAGCAAUAUGAAAAGCUUGCCUGGAAGGUCCAAGAACCAUCACAGCUCUGAACAGGAUCAUUGCAUGAGGGACCUUAAGGUUGAAACAAUUAUUUUU